AUGCAGAAGUACAGAAUAUCUUUGGAAUGUGGAGACACAUCGAGCUUACGUUCUAAAAAGACUUCCGACGGUUUUACUCAUGAUUGGAAAGUUUGGAUCAAAGGAGCCAACGACGCACCGAUACAUCAUUACAUAGAUAAAGUGGUAUUCAAUCUUCAUGAAACAUUUCCAAAACCAAAGAGAGUCAUAAAAGAGCCUCCGUACUGUCUCACGGAAUCUGGCUACGCCGGUUUUGAAAUUCCAAUUCAAGUGUACUUAAAAAACAGAAAUGAACCAAAACGCUUUGACAUCCUGUAUAAUCUGAAUCUCGACACCUCAACUCCAACUGUUAGUCACCGUUCGUUGCAUAAUGAGAUCAUUGUUAAUCCCACUGAAGAAUUCAGGAAAAAGUUGCUGAAAGGUGGUGCCGUUCCCACAAACGUUGGUAAUACGUUGGAAAAGAACGAGACGAAAACGAUGUCAUUGGUUGGCAAACCCAAGCUGAGUGGCAACUCCGAAGCGAGGAAGCGUAAAAUUGCAGAGUCCAAAACUUCGAAUCAAUUUACAGAUCUGUUUGGUCCUCCAAUUAAGACUGCAAAGCUUACGCACCAGGAGGAUAAGAAAACUGUUAGUCACGCUUCGUUGCAUGAGGUGAUUGUUAAUCCCACUGAAGGAUUCAGGAAAAAGUUGAUGAAGGGUGGUGCCGUUCCCACAAACGUUGGUAAUCCGUUGGAAAAGAACCAGACGAAAACGCUGUCAUUGGUUGGCAAACCCAAGCUGAGUGGCAACUCCGAAGCGAGGAAGCGUAAAAUUGUAGAGCCCAAAACUUCCAAUCAAUUCAACGAUAUUUUUGGUCCUCCAAUUAAAAUUGCAAAACUCACGCAGCAGAUCAAGAAAACGUCCGACAAAGUUGACAAGAGUACAAAAGUUAAACAUAGCCACCACAAGGAUAGCAAAAAGGAUAAGUCAUCGGAAGAAAAAAAGGAAAAGAAAGAGAAGGAAAAAGAUCGAGUCAAGGACAAGGAGAAGAGUAAAGAUAAGUCAAAAAGAUCUUCAAGUCCCAGUGUCAGCAAGGCGAGUCAACACAGUUCGGAUAAAAGGCCUUCCAAGGAUAAAACAUCUUCACUUGCUCCAACUGUGAAGCGGUUAUCCUCGCCAUCGUCAAAACCCAAAGAAAAAGAAAGUAAAAAACAUCCUAAAAAAGACAGGGACAGGAGAAAAGAAGAGAAAUUAAAGGGCAGCUCUAAGAGCACAAGAGAUGAAGUUAGAUCUGGAAGGAGCGGAAAAGAAAGUAAAAGCGAUCGUAAGGAAGAAAGGAAGAAACACGAAGGAGAUCGGGAUAAGGAAAAAAAAGAUAAAGUACGAGACAAAAGUGAGGAUAAAAAAAGGGCAAAGAGAAGCAAGAACAAGGUCGAAAAGUCUUCAAAAGGAGAGAAGAAAUCAGAAACAAAACUGAUAAAAGAGGAAAAGAAAUCGCCAAAGACUUUGAAAGAAGACGUGAAGCCUAAAGAAGAAAAAAUUUUAAAGCCAGAGAAAAUAGAAAAAAGUGAGAAAGAAAAGUCGAAAGAGUCAAAGAGUGAAAAAUCCGACAAAUCUCAAAACAAGUACACAAGCAAAGACAAAAAAGAGAAGAGGGAUGGCAGUCGGGAAAAAGAAAAAAAGGAUAAUCGUGAGAAGUCAAAAAGUUCCAGUGAAUCUAAAAGUAGCAAAAUUACGCAUCCCAUUCUCAUGAGCGCCCCUAUGUAA